UGUGUCUUCCCACGUGUCUGAACUGUUGCCUGCUCAUUUACAUUUCAACAGCUACAAGAAGCAGGGCUUCUUCUAGCUUUUACCACUUUUUUAAAAGCCAGUCAAACAGCUAGCCUCUUCAGAUCAGCCUAAUCCAUUCACCAUGUUCAUUUCUUUCAUCCUACUAUGGCUCUGUAUUUUUGUCUUCAUCCUCUGUCUCAAAUGUCAGAGACCAGAGAACUUUCCUCCAGGACCUCCUCCACUGCCAUUCCUGGGGAACCUGUUGGACCUCAGCCUAGACAACCCCAUGAAGGACUUUGAGAGGCUGAGGAAGUGCUAUGAAAACGUCUACACUCUGUUCAUUGCCAAACCAGCCAUAGUCAUCAAUGGGGUGCAGGCAAUGAAAGAGGCUAUGAUCACCAAGGCUGCUGAUUUUGCUGGACGACCCCAGGACAUCUUUGUCACUCACCUCACCCAGAACGGAGUAGUUCUGGCAGACUACGGCUCUAGUUGGAAGGAGCACCGUCGCUUCGCUCUGAUGACCAUGAGGAAUUUUGGUCUGGGGAAACAGUCCAUGGAGCAGAGGAUUCUGGGAGAGAUACAGUACACAAUAGAAACACUGGAAAAGAGCAUUGGUAAAACCUUGAGUCCUCAAGUUAUGUUUCAUAAUGCGGCUUCCAACAUCAUCUGCCAGAUUCUGUUUGGUACACGUUAUGACUAUGAUGACGACUUCAUCAAAGUGGUUGUUCAGUGCUUUAAAGAAAACUCCAAGAUAGCUAAUGGACCCUGGGCUAUGGCUGUGAUCCAUGAAGUCCAGAGGAUAGCCAACACUGUUCCUCUCAGCGUCUACCACUGUACAACUAAAGACACAGAGCUCAUGGGAUAUUCUUUACCAAGGGGAACACUGAUUAUCCAAAACCUGAAUUCAGUGCUGAAUGAGGAGGGACAGUGGAAAUCCCCUCAUGAAUUCAACCCUGAGAACUUCCUGAAUGACCAGGGAGAGUUUGAUAAACCAGAGGCCUUCAUGCCUUUCUCUGCAGGUUCUCGCAUGUGUCUUGGAGAGGGUCUGGCCCGUAUGGAGCUCUUUCUCAUUAUGGUGACUCUUCUGAGGAAUUUCCAGUUCGUUUGGCCUGAGGACGCAGGACAGCCAGACUACACACCUGUCUAUGGGGUCACUCUGUCUCCCAAACCUUACCGCAUGAAGGUCCAACUCAGGGCCACAUGGUAGAACUGUAGUAACACACGAGAAACAAUGAAGAUGGAUCCAAACCUGGACACAAGUGGCCAGUAACUCACGAUAACACAAUAAAUACAACGCGAAGAACAUUUUUUAAAUAUUAAAACUAUAUGCAGAAUAUGUAAUUUUAUAUACUGGUCUGUGUGUGUGUGUGUGGUGUGCAGGGUUUGAUAUCAUCUCUGUAAACAGCCUGUGUGGAAUUUCACAGCGUUUCCUUUGCAAAAUUGUCACACCUAACCUCAUAUCCUGUCAUCCAUCUCCCAAAAUAGAUGUUCAGCACAUCUUGGACCUCUAUUUAUAGAGACUAUCUGCACACAGUGUUAGAGAAUUUAACAUACUGGUUUAGUAAAACUUUUUUAUUGUGGAUUAUAAAGAGACUAAUAAUAAACUCAGAAGCUACAAUUUAAGAAUGUUUUUUCCAAACUUAGUACAAACAACAUACUUUAUGUUGUCCAUGUCCAUCUCAGAAAGAAAAGGCAACAUCUGGUUAAUGGCCCCAUCAAGUGGACAGAAGUGGGAACUACACUUAAUAAAGUUUCAUUUUUGAACAUGUGAAGUGUGGCACAGUUUCACAUGGGGAAAAAAUGUCUUAAGCUAAAUAAAUGAGUUUUGAUAUAGUGGGCUAUUCUACUUUAUCAGAUUAGUUGGAUUGGAUGUGGAUGUGUGUGAUAUAUGAGUAUAUAGAUUAAAUAUAUGCUUUGUCUUGCAUAAUAAUACACAUCUAUAAAUGAUACCCCUGAUACCAUAUCAUGUGACUUUAAGCAAUACUUUCAAAUGUUUUUAAA